CUCAGAGUGUUGGGCUUUGAAACAUUAACAUUUUCCUACUCCAUCCCUCCGUUUGUUUAGAGUCUUCAAAGCCAUGGGAAAGAUUUUGCCAGAUGGUGAGCAGGACAAGCUACUGCGGGCCUGUUCCAUUUAUAUUCAGAAUGAAAAAGAUGUGUCAACAAAGGCAAGCGGAGGUUCUUCCUCCAAUGAGAAAAGUCCAUACACACUGGACACCUUACAUCAGAACCUACACCAAUCAAGUGCCAAUUGUGAGUCUGAAGAAAAUAUUCAACAGAAGGAGCAAAGCAGCCCUAAGACUGUCAAGGAAGGGGAGGAAAAGGAGAAGGAGGAGGAGCAGGAGGAGGAGCAGGAAGAGGAUGAGGACGAGGAGAUAAACGUCUUUCAAGAUCAGAUGGAUGAGGAUAUAGAGGAAAGUGAUGACUUGGAAGAAGAGGAAGAAGGGGAUGAUGAUGAUGAUAAUGAUGAUGACAGAAUGGAGAUGGGGGGUUUCUCUUUCACACAGGGAUCCAGUAUUUUUGAGAAUACUAGGAUCAUUUCUGAGACAAAAGAAGCUUUGAAGGGUUCAGCAUGGCAAGUAAGCUCUGGUAAGUGGCCCUUAAACCCACUUUUAUUUUCUUCUGAAAUUGAUUCCCUCCAUUCUUGAUUGGCCACUCCUCUACUUUCUGUCUCCCUCUGUCUCUUCCUCCA